AGCUAUUCCCCGUUCGCACAUUAUUCUCUUCCUCCUUUUCAGUACAACGACUAUAGAUACAGAUACAGAGAGGGCAAGCUCCUGCGGCCAUGGCUUCCACACAGUGCUUCUACUUGCAUCACCAUACUCUCUCAAUAUCAACUAGGUCAUCAUCAUUACUGUAUCGCCACUGUCCCAUCCUCAGGCCUCGCCAACUUGUCUGCCGGGCGCAGAAGCAGUCCGCCGCGACUCAUGAAGACCUCGGCGAAGCACUCGCCGUCUCUCGCAGAUUGGCUCUUAUCUCCCUUGUCGGAGCUGCCGCUGUUGUCUCCAAGGUUUCCCCCGCUGGCGCUGCCUAUGGAGAAGCCGCCAAUGUUUUCGGGAAGCCAAAAACAAACACGGAGUUCUUGCCGGUGUCAGGCGAUGGUUUCAAGCUCCAGGUUCCAUCGAAGUGGAAUCCAAGCAAGGAAAUUGAGUAUCCUGGUCAGGUUCUCAGAUAUGAAGACAACUUCGAUGCCAACAGCAAUGUGUGUGUAUUGAUCACCCCAACAGAUAAGAAGUCGAUCACUGACUAUGGCUCCCCUGAAGAAUUCCUAUCUCAAGUGGACUACUUGCUGGGCAAGCAAGCCUACUCUGGAAAAACCGAGUCUGAGGGAGGAUUUGAUCCUAAUGCUGUGGCCACCGCAAACAUAUUGGAGACAUCAACUCCGGUGGUGGAAGGGAAGCAAUACUACUUUAUAUCCGUCUUGACGAGAACAGCCGAUGGGGAUGAAGGUGGGAAGCAUCAAUUGAUCACUGCCAGUGUUUCUGAUGGAAAGCUUUACAUCUGCAAAGCACAAGCAGGUGACAAGAGAUGGUUCAAGGGAGUGAAGAAGUUUGUAGAGAACACUGCCAACUCUUUCAGCGUGGCUUGAGGUUGUUUGGGCUGUGUACGUAGUAGCUAGUAGUGUUGGUUAUUUUGCAUUCAAACCUCUCACUGGAUUAAAACUUCCCCAUAAAGUAUAUUGCAUCCCAUAAUGUGGAGAAUUGCAUAAUCGAUCAAACCUCUCACUUCAGUACUAUUGCAUCCUAUUUUAACUUUUUAAGUUUUUAACCAAGUUCUUACCACACUAAACAGGCUGUAGAAGUUUAUAUCACCAUCAAAGAUAUGACCCCUGAUUGAUCAAACAAGAAACUGCAAGUAGGAGUUCGCUUUUAUUGCUCGGAAAUGGACAGAAAUGGAAAUACAUAAAUUUAGCAAAAACGCUAAUAUGAUUUAUGUGAGUGAUAUUUAAGGAAACAGAAAACCAUUGUAAAGGAAAGAGUUAAAGACAAAGAUAAAUAAUGAAAUUAAAAUGCAUGAAAGAAGAAUAAAAGAAGAAAAGUAAGAAAGAAAAUGCAAACUUGUGUGAAAAUCAAUCUUGAUCAUCCCUAUGUAUGCCUACUAGUCGAUGCCUAAGUGACAUCAUUUAAUGUUAGGUGAGGUGAUAAGCCAUGACGAUUGUCAUCCACCACCUGAACGAAAGAAGAAGAGUCUCCUCAGAAGAGAUGAUCAGUCAUAGAGAAGAAAUAAUGUAUAAUUACAGGGGAGGAAAAACGAUAGGAAUAUGGAUAGUUCGGGAACAUAUGUUAAUUAUGAUAUAAUCGUCUAUAUACAUUUGGUCGGUGGAAUCUCCCACCCUAGGAGCUCCCCAUAUCCCGACCCGACAGGAUUUUUGGGAAGAUGUUAAUCACGGUGACUCAGUCGGCCCAAUGAUGGUAGACCCUUUUCCCGUACGCACCAGAGGUCCAGCCUUAUUUCAGGUUCUGUGACCUCCACACGACCGCUGCGGGUUUCGAACCUUGGUCAUUUGGUCCAAAUUUUCCACCACUGAACCAACUGAGCUACCCG